AUGGACGAAAAUGUUUAUAAGGCGGUUAAUGAAGAUAAAUGUAAAAGAUUAUAUGAAUUGGUUAUGUCUAUGUAUAAAUCAAAAAAUAUUAAGAAAGGUGUUAAUGAAGUUACUAAAUGUAUUAAUAAAGGAACUGCUAAACUUGUAAUAAUAGCGGUUGAUGCAGAUCCUCCCGAAAUAACGUUUUCUCUACCGAUACUUUGCGAAGACAAAGGCAUACAUUUCUUGCAUGUUUCUUCUAAACGUGCUCUUGGUAAGGCUUGCUCUUUAGAAAGGCCUGUAAUAGCUUGUUGUGUUUAUGUAACUAAAGACAAAGAAGGGCUUAGGAUUGAAGAAAAAAUAAAAGAGUUUAUUAAUUAG